AUGGAGGCCGGACGCGCGCCGCUGGCAGAGCCGGAGGACGACGGCGACCUGUCGGAGGCUCAGCUGCCGGCCACGCUGGCCGCCGCGACGCCGCCGCCUCCGACGCCGCCGCCGCCCUCCAUGUCGCGAGCCUUCCAGCAGCGCAGCGACUCCGUGCGCCUGCUCGACCGCUUCGAGGGCUUCUUCUACAGACUGGCAGUAAUAAUUGCCAAACGGCCAGUGCACUUCUUCGUGGGAACCCUGUUGUUCACGGUGCUCACGGCGACUGGUCUGUUUUUCUGGAACGAAGAAGUCGACAACGUUAAGUUGUUUCUAAACCCAUCCAUGGACCUGUACAAACGCUCGCGCUGGGUAGACGAGCACUUCAAAGACCAACUCCGCUACGAGAUCAUCAUAGUUGAAUCGGACAACGUGCUCCGGCCAGAUGUCCUCCAGUGGGUAUCACAGCCCUAUAAUAAAGAAUGUGUGAAAGCACCAGGACCAACAGAUUUUGAGGCUGCAUUCACUACUGUCAAUGGAUUAUCUGCUGCAGUGCCUUAG